AUGGCUGAAGCGCCCUCACAGGUGCGACAGAACUAUGACCGCUGCUGUGAGGAAGCCAUCAACACUCAUAUCCUCCUGCUGCUCCAUGCUUCCUAUGUGUACCUGUCUAUGGCCUUCUACUUUGACCGUGAUGACGUGGCCCUGGGGAAUUUCAAGCGUUUCUUCCUGAGCAAGUCACACGACUGCAAGGCCAGUGUGGAGAAGUUCGUGUUCCUGCAGAAUAAGCGUGGUGGCCAUGCUUGUCUGCCCAGCAUCUCGAAACCAGACCGCAGCAAUUGGCAGGGGGGCCUCCGGGCCAUGGAAUGCUCCUUCUGCAUGGAGAUGACCAUCAACCAGAGUCUGCUCAACCUGCACGAGCUGGCCAAGGGAAAGGGUGAUGCCCACCUCUGCUGCUUCCUGGAGCAAAAUUUUCUGGACGAGCAGGUCCGUGUCCUCAAGAAGAUGGGCGGCUACCUGACCAACCUGCACCAGAUGGGGGCACUGGAGCACAGCUUGGCCGAGUACCUCUUUGACAAGCUCAGCCUGUCCUGA